AGACAUUAUCCUGUACGUGGUGACGUACUUCGGACGUUCCCUGCAGUACGGUAACCAGCACAUCUACCAGGCCAUGCCCAGGCUCCUGGCACUGUGGCUCGACUACGGAGCUAAAGUGUCAGAUUACGAGAAAGCUGGAAGAGCAGAGAGAACAAACAUGAGGGUUAUGCUCCCUAAGCUUAACGAGAUUAUAGGGAAUUACACCAAGAAGUUAGCCCCAUACCAGUUCCUGACAUCCUUCUCACAGCUCAUCUCACGCAUCUGUCACUCUCACCCGGAGGUCUUCAACAGACUGGAGGAUAUCAUUGCCACGCUGCUGGUGACUUUCCCACAACAGUGUAUGUGGCUGAUGAUGGCUGUGUCCAAGUCAACAUCUCUGAUUCGGAAGAAGCGCUGCCAAGACAUCUUCAAGAAAGCCAAGUCUAUGCACAGUGACCUCAACCAGUUUAUACAG